CCACAACGUCCAUAUCCCCAGCUCUUCCAUCUCCCGACGCUGUCCAGUGACGCUCAGCAUACCACAUCUCGUUCAUUCAUUCUCAUCUGUUCACAUCUGGCUCGCAUUCUGCUACGCUCAUCGAUGUCUGAGUAGUAGACGACACCAUGACCGCCAUCGACGACAUUCCCGAGGGCGUCGACCCCACCCUCUGGACCUACAACCACAUCAACGAAGAACAUCUCGCUGCCUUUGAGCAUGCCCUGUCUUUACAAGAUGUGGCUCCAAUCGAAGGUGACAUGUCGCCCGCCAUGCUCAAGUCGCCACAAUUGACGCCGCACGACGCGCCCGAGUGGUCGAAGGGGGUGGAGAAGUUGACAGCGACAUCUGACUUUGCUCCCAUUCAUUCGCGCGUGCGAAAACGCCGAUCGGCAGGUCAGCAGAGCCUCGGGUUAACCUAUCAUCUGAUCCGAUGGCCACUUCUCGCCUUUUUCUUUCUCAUCAUCUGGAUUGAGUUCAGCGCCUACGUCCUCACGCGUCAGGUCGUCAACGUCUUCGAGUGGCUAUUUGCAUGGCGCGGCGUGCAGCGCGUCCUCAAGCGCAAGUUGCGGAACGCCAAGUCAUACGAGGAAUGGCGAGCAACGGCCAAGGAGCUCGAUGACGAACUCUGCUUCGAUGACUGGAAGGAGACGGACUCUGAUGGGUACUUUGACGCAAACCUGGUGCGUCGCGUGCGCGCUACACUUUACAAACUCCGCCUGGCUAAGGACACGCGCGCCCUCAUGGAUGCGCUGAGCAUCUGCGUCCGCCCGAACUUUGCUGGAACCGAGAGCUCACGGAUGUACUCGGAGACAUUCUACGGCACCAAGACACUGGUCGAGGCACAUAUUAAGGAGGUCGCUGCCAGCCUCGACUACGUUCGUACCGCGUCCAAUGUCACGCUCGAGGAGAAGCGCGCAUUCUUCCGUCGCCUCAACAAGAACUAUGGCACAUCGGCGCUGUGUCUAUCGGGCGGCGCCUCGUUUGGGUAUUACCACUUUGGCGUUGCUCGCGCCCUUCUCGACCACGGUCUCCUACCUCGCGUCAUCACUGGCACGUCAGCUGGCGGUUUGAUCGCUGCACUCGUUUGCACGUACACCGACUCGGAACUCAAGCAGCUUAUCCGGCCCGAACUAGCGGACAAGAUUACCGCCCUCGAGGACCCCUUUUCCGUUUGGAUUCGCCGGUGGAUGCAAACCGGCGCUCGCUUCUCCGCCCUCGAGUGGGCUCGGAAGGCCAUGUACUUCACCCGCGGAUCACUUACGUUCAAGGAAGCGUACGAGCGGACGGGACGCGCCCUCAACGUCUCCGUGGUUCCUGCAGACCGCCACUCACCCACGAUCCUGCUCAAUCACCUUACCGCGCCCAACUGUGUCAUCUGGUCGGCGAUCAUCGCCUCCGCCGCCGUCCCUGGCAUUCUCAACCCUGUGGUGCUCAUGGCCAAGGACCGCGACGGAUCGGUGCGGCCUCACAAUCUCGGCGGCUCGCGGUUCAAGGACGGCAGCUUGCGCGAGGACAUCCCCCUCAGUUCGCUGCACACCCAGUUCAACUGCAACUUUUCCAUCGUAUCCCAGACCAACCCCCACAUUCACUUAUUCUUCUUCGCCCCGCGCGGCGCCGUCGGGCGUCCCGUUGCGCACCGCAAAGGCCGCGGAUGGCGCGGUGGCUUCAUUCUCAGCGCCCUUGAAUCGUACAUCAAGCUCGAUCUGUCCAAGCAUUUCAAGGUCAUCCGUGACCUAGACCUUUUGCCGCAACUGCUGCAGAGCGACUGGAGCGGCGUAUUCCUGCAGCGGUUCUUCGGUGAUCUCACUCUCAUUCCUAAGAGCCGGCCCCUCGACUGGUUGCACAUCCUCGAUGACCCAGACCGCAAGGGUCUCGCGCGCAUGAUCCUGGUCGGUCAGCGCGUGACAUGGCCCACGAUCCACAUGGUGCACAACCGCGCCAAGAUCGAGGACGCGAUCCACCGCGGCCGCGCGGAGGUGCGCAUGGCGCUGGCGCGUGAGCGGCCCAGCGCCGCGCCGACGGGCACGAUGCCGCUCGAGUCUGACGCUGACUCGGCUAUUGCGCUGCGCGCCCGCCGUGCGGAUGGGCAAGGGAGUGGCAGUAGCCGUCGCAGACGGCCUGACCGGCUUCAGAUCCCGCGCACGCAGAACAUCACGGACGUGCAGGCCGUCACCUCGCCGAACGAGCUGCCGCGUUCAAAUACGGCACCUUCGUUUGGCGAUACAUUCCGCCAGAUGCGCAGCUCGCCGCUUGCGGCGUUCGGCUUUAAGAACCGCACGCGAUCGCGGCGCAGCAUCUCAGCGUGGUUAGGUGGUGGCUCCGACUCGAGUCUAUCGGACGACGAGGUGGAUCUAGGAGGGCCAGAGUGGCGGGCGGAUGCGGCGGCGACCGCAAAUGGCCUCGAUCUAAAUGAUGAUGUCUUCCUCGACUCCGGUGAGGUGAGCGCGGCAUUGCCCGACUCGACCUCAGACCCAACGCAGGACGGAAGUGCGUCGGACCCAUAAAUAUAACGAUCAGAAUCCGCUGCAUGUAUCUAUAAUCACAAGUUGGGGUUAUUCUCUAGCGCUUCAAGACGAGCAAUUUGGGCAUCACGCCGCGCGGUGCGCCAGCGCGCGAGCUGCGCAUCCUCGUGCGGCCGGAAUCCGAAGAUCUUCGGGUCGUACCGUUCAGCCUUGAGGGCCGCCCUGGCAGUGCUGAUGGCACCGACGCCGGCCGGCUCGCGACGCAAGUCCGAGCGGUCCGAUACGCUUGGCUGGCCCUUGCUUGGAAUCAUUUGCGGGUAGGCCAUGA